AGGAGUCUGUGAAUAGUAGCACACAGUCGUUUGUUUACACUAGUUGCAAUGGCGACCGUCGCUGAACUGAAGUGUGCCGUGAAGGAGACGCUGGAGGCCCGUGGGGUGCUGGGCCAGCUGAAGGCUCGUAUCCGGGCGGAGGUGUUCAGCGCCUUGAAUGACCAGAGAGAACCGCGGCCGCCGCUGUUACAUGAAAACCUGCUCAUCAACGAGCUCAUCCGGGAGUAUCUGGAGUUCAACAAGUACAGAUACACGGCGUCGGUGCUAACAGCAGAAUCAGGCCAACCUGAAGUUCCCUUGGACAGACAGUUCCUGGCAAAUGAACUAAAAGUUACAGAGGAUACGAGCUCCAAGUCUGUACCUCUUCUUUAUGGCUUGUUGUCCCACUUUCUGAACAGCAGUGACAGUGGAGGGAAGGUGUUUCUACGAGGUGCUGCUGCCAACAACGCAGCUCCUGGACCUGAUGCCUAAAAUCUGAUGAUGCGCUAGUGACUUAUGAUGCUCAUGGACUGAAAAGAGGCUUUAACACUUCGAUAGAUGACAUAAAAUGUUGCAGCACUUCAUGAGAUUCACCCUUUUGCCUCCUCUCAGAAUCUUGUCCAUAGUUUUUCACAGUUUUCCACAUUAUUUACAGCACAGAGUAUAUGGAUCCUGCUAAGCCUAAUUUUUAUUUCUAGAGUUUUUAUGAAUUAUUUUUUGAAGGUUUUGAUUUCAAUGACUUUACCAGUAAGUUCUAGUCAUAGUGGUGCUGUUUGCAGUGCUCCAUUAUGUUUGUUCUCUCAAUAAUUUGGGUAUGCAGUUGAAAACUACAUUCCUUGUUGCAGUUACUAUUAAGUUUUGUAAAUGUUUUAUAUUUUAUACUGUCUUUACAGCUUAAAAAUAAAUAUUUUUUUCUAUUUAAA